GUAUAUGUAUAUUUUCACCCUUGUUAAAGCAGAUGCAAAGGCAAAAGCGAGCACGCAGGCUUUAUUCAUCCAGCUAGCUAGUUGUCAACUACGCGUUUUGUUUGCCAUGGAUUCUGAUGCCCCAGGAGGAGGCGGCGGCGGCGGCGGAUGGACGAGCGAUUGUGGCACUGGCAGUCGCAAUGGCACUGGAGAUGGAUCCCUCCGGAUCAAUUACGUCACCAAGGUCUUUAUCGUCCUCCUCUUCGCAUCCCUGUAUCUCCUCUCCCGGCGUUGGCGAGAGAAGGAACGAUCCUCCACCGCUGCGCUUACCCCGUCUGAGAUCGCCGGCGCUAUUUCCUUCAUCGCCUCCCUUCUCUACCUUCUUCCUCGCCUUGGACAUCUCUAGUUUGGCACAUCCCUCUUUCGCUCCUAUUUGACCUCACCAUCUGGUAGAUUUUGCACUAGUGUCAAAUUAUAUUGGGUCUCUACAAGAUCUGUAACCUUAUCUUGUAAGUUUAAGCAAAUGGAGAUUUGUGUAAUUAAAGAUGACUAUGUCACACGCCUCUUUGCUAUUUGAUUUCUA